AGAGUAGACGCGACGCCGCGUACUCGUUUAACAACGGACAACGGAUGUACCCGACUAGGUAGGUACAUACUGAAAGAUCUUGAAAUUCGGACCAUCCAUAUCCCGUCCACCAGGUCUCCUAUCAACCACCUCCCAAGAUUUAUUAGGAAAGAACCGUAGGAAUUAACGCAUUACAUCAAUUGCAGGUGUUAAUUUUGUUUUGUGAUUAUAAUCACGACACUGGCAGAAAAGAGAAAGUGUCCGUACAAGUGAAUCUUCUUGAAACCCCCGUCCAAACCGGCACUUCUCGAAAUCGAUAUCUCGUAUCACCUUUUUACUCUACAUACGAUAUACGAUAUACGAUAUAAACAGAACGGAACGUCUUCCCUUACACCACGAUAAAUAAAGUAACUCUUCUCGACCCACAGCACCCUGUACCCCACACAUUUCUUCCAGCGAUCUCAUUUCAUUACGGUAGACGAUUCGAAUUCGGUGCCAGGUGUAGGUAGACCAGACCAAGAGGCCCAGCAAAAGGAAACUAAGGACACGGACGAAGUGCACGAAAGUGAUCAGAUCUUGUGGAUUUGACAACGCCGCAUUUACAAGGCUAUCCAGAUAUUCAAAAAGACUGUACUUGAGCUCCCUACUCGAGUGCGAUUUCAGACACGAUGGCCGGAACCAGGAAUUACGAUUUUUUGAUUAAACUCCUUUUGAUAGGCGAUUCCGGUGUAGGAAAAUCAUGCUGUCUCUUGCGUUUCAGCGAGGAUAGUUUCACACCUUCGUUCAUCACCACGAUUGGAAUUGAUUUCAAGAUCCGUACAAUUGAGUUGGAUGGAAAGAGAGUGAAGUUGCAGAUUUGGGAUACGGCGGGUCAGGAGAGAUUUAGGACAAUCACCACGGCGUAUUAUAGGGGGGCCAUGGGCAUCUUGCUUGUGUAUGAUGUUACAGAUGAGAGAUCUUUUACAAAUAUUCGCACCUGGUUCAGCAACGUCGAACAACAUGCCACCGAAGGUGUAAACAAGAUCCUCAUAGGCAACAAGUGCGAUUGGGAAGACAAACGAGUUGUAUCUACCGAACGCGGUCAACAAUUAGCAGAUGAACUCGGCAUUCCUUUCCUCGAGGUAUCCGCCAAGAGCAACAUUAAUGUAGAAAAGGCAUUUUACAGUUUGGCAGCAGAUAUCAAGAAGAGAAUCGUGGAUACGAGUAAGAUAGAUCAGGCGGCGCAACAAGGUGUUGAUGUGGGUGGUCAAAGUAGUGGGGGUGGAAGUAAAUGUUGCUAGAAGAGGGAUGUUGUGUUGUUUGAGGAGAUAGGUGCUCGAUGAUAUAAUAUGAUAUGAUAUGAUUGCGGAAGAAGUUAAAGGGGAAGAUGGAGGAAUUCUUUUAUGAUUUGAUUCUAUAGAGGAGGGGACAGGAGAAGAGAAGACGGGGAAGAAGCAGGGAAGGGCAGGGAAGGAAGGACAGUGGUUAAGCACAGUGCGAGAGGCAAUACAAUGGUGUUUGUGGGUUGGUAGUGCAUAACCAUUGCUUUGUUUACUUUUACUUUUUUUUUUAUCAAGAGAGAAGCCGGAGUUGGGUGAUUAUGCGUAUUUAUAUGGUAUUAAAUUGAUAGGCGUGUUCUUUUUUUUUU